ACGUGUCGGAGUAGCUGUCGGAAUCGCGCGUCAACAGAUGACAAAGUCAACAAAACGCUGACGACGACGGCGACUUAAGCCAAAAUCUGUUCAACAAAAGUUUUACCUCUUGAGUUUAUUGUGCUUUAGCGUUAGUGAUCGGAAUUAUUAUUACGAAAUUCAUGUGGAAAAAGUAAAGUGCACUUGCCGACCGAAAAUUGCCAUGGACGAUGACUACGAUAUCUACGGCGAUUUGGAGGGGUUCGAGAUCGAAACUCGGAAGGAGAAUCAAAUAGUCAAGGAAUUGAACGCGGAAAUUGAGGAGCUGAAAGCCAAAAUCGUCGAGAAGGAAUCGGAGAAGGACGAAAUAACAAAACAGAAUGGAAUUCUGCUGGAAAAUAUUUCAUCGCUACUGCUCACAGCGAAGGCGGAAAUCAAGCGGAAGGAUUCCCUCAUUUCAGACAUCCGACGGCAGAGGGAUGACAAUGCGUUCCGGAGGCAGCCUCGCACUGUUCGAAAGUGUGACAAAGGGACUCAGACGACUCUGAUAAGGCUGCUAAGCCAGGCAGCGCAGACGGAAAGCGUGGGAUCGAUGACUGACAUAAAAAUGGUUGGAGGUCGUGGUCGCGAUCGGGAGAGAAAACGAUCACAAAGUCCAUCCAGGGAAGAUCGGAGGGUGAGUGAGAACUCACGGCACAGGGAGAGAGUUCCGUAUAGCGAUCUACGAAACAAGCUACGGGAUAAGAAGACUGGCAGGAGACCUGAAUUGAACAAUAUUCGUCGUAAUCGAAGGGCGACGAGGGUUCAUGACAGGGAACGCGAUAGAGACCAGAGAGCAAGGCAUCGUGAAAAUCGAACGCCGGACCUAUCUCCGGUGGAAUUCCCUAGCCUAUUGCGAAGACCUAGGAAGGAAGUUAGCAAUGCGGAUUCGAUAGCGGAAACAAAGCUAAAGGAAGCGUUUAUUCCGAUGAACGAGAGAGAACUGGAUCGGUACGUGAAGGAGAUGGCCCGCAGCAAUCCGGAUCGAGAAUCUCCGGAUGUGGCUCCGCUGGAAACUGUUAGUAACUCGGACUUGUGGGAUGUCCAAAACAAAAAGAAAUCAUCAAAAAAGAACAGGCGGGAAGAUAAAGCGGCUAAAGAGGAACAUAUCAUUCAAUCAGACGAGAUCGGAACGACCGGAGUGGGAACGAUUUUGUCUCCCGAGAAAAUCGAGGACGUGGAGCAAAAGAUGCGUGCCUUGCACGGAGAAUCUACACCAUCAAUCACUAACUUCACGCCGGAGAGUGCGCAAACGUCUAUUGAACUGCUGAACGGUUUGAGUAAAAGUGCCGAUCAAAUGGACACUUCUCAACCUCCGGCUUUGGUGAUACCUCCACCGGAACCGUCGAUAAUCGAGCUCGUUCCGGAACUGUCGUUCGAGGACGAUCAACGAUUGAAUGAUAGCCGCGAGUUGCGCAUCGUGGAAUCCGAAGACGCAGCGGCAGAGCCAGAUGAGCGCUGCUCUUCCGCGGAAACUGUAAUUGAGAUGCUACAACGAGCAAGUCAGGAGGAAGCGGAGGAUUUGGAGGAGGGCGAGGUUGUUUCAUCGGACGAAUCACAGCCAGCCCAUGGCAGCGCGGAAAG